GUAUUAUAUAUUUUGUUGCUUUUUAAGAUGGGGGCAAUAUUCUUUAUUUUGUGAACUCUCCCGUCUCAUCCAUCGGAAGGGGAAGUAACAAGGCCGGAGUGAGGAACAAUACGUUAGACAUACAGCCAUGAUGGUUGGACCGGGUGGGCAUUUCAAGUCGGGUUUCCACCAGCCCGAAGAUGAGCCUGACCCCUCCCGGGCUGCCUCUAUCGGCCUUUCCCUCACUGUCGGCGCCGGUGGUGGCCACCGGAAGAAGGCAACGGGGGUCCGGGCGUGGCUUCUCGUGGACUCUACGGGGGACACUCAGGUGAUCGAGGCCGGGAAGCACGCCAUCAUGCGGCGCACCGGCCUGCCCCCCCGCGACCUUCGGAUCCUUGACCCGCUCCUCUCGUACCCGUCCACCGUGCUUGGACGAGAGCGGGCCAUCGUCAUCAACCUCGAGCAUAUCAAGGCAAUCAUCACUGCCCAGGAGGUCCUCUUGCUCAACUCUCGGGAUCCGUCUGUGAUCCCAUUUGUUGAGGAGCUCCGGAGGCGCCUUACGCGUCACUACCACGCCACCACUGCCCAGGUCGAGAGUGGUGAUGAUCCGAACUGGUCAAAUUUGUAUGAUUUGGGAGAGCCACGAUCACGGACUGGUAGUCCUCAAGACUUCACUGGACAGUUUUCGCAAUUUCAGGACUUGGAUGAGGAAGGCAAGGCAGAGGGGAAACAAGGCCUCGAGAAUCAAGACGGAUCAAAGGUUCUUCCAUUUGAGUUUGUUGCAUUGGAAACAUGCCUUGAGGCUGCAUGCAGUUGCCUAGAGAACGAAGCAAAAACAUUGGAGCAGGAGGCUCAUCCAGCCUUAGACAAGCUGACUUCAAAGAUUAGUACUCUCAAUUUGGAGCGUGUCCGUCAAAUUAAAAGCCGUUUGGUUGCCAUAACUGGACGUGUUCAAAAGGUUAGGGAUGAACUAGAACACUUACUAGAUGAUGAUGAAGAUAUGGCCGAGAUGUAUCUUACUGACAAGUUGGUUCAACAACACCUUGAAAAUUCUACUGCUUCCUCUCUGAGCGAGAAUGAUGAAAUGGAUGAUGACGUUCUUCAACCGGACAAGGAUGAUAGGUUACCUGCUGAAAUCUCAUCGGAAGCUGGUGGUGUUUCUGCUAGUUUCCAAGGUGAACUUCGAAACAUGGAAAACUCCCAGGAGCAAGCAUUUGAUGCACCUAAAGUACUCAGUAGAGGUAGCCGCGGGACUCAUUCUAGUACUACUCACAGUGCUACAGGCAAGAGCCUAGAUGUGGAGGAGCUUGAAAUGCUAUUGGAGGCGUACUUCGUGCAAAUUGAUGGUACACUAAACAAACUAUCCACGCUGAGAGAGUAUGUCGAUGACACAGAGGACUACAUCAACAUAAUGCUGGAUGACAAGCAGAAUCAUCUACUACAAAUGGGGGUCAUGCUGACAACAGCAACCUUGGUUUUGAAUGCCUUUAUUGUGGUCGCCGGUCUUUUUGGCAUGAAUAUCCAUAUCGAGCUGUUCGAUGAAACGAAAGCAGGGAUGCCACAGUUCCUGUGGACUGUUGGGGGUAGUGCCACUGGCAGUCUAUUCUUAUAUGUGAUUGCUAUUGCGUGGUGUAAGCACAAGCGCUUACUCGAGUAGGGAAGGACCAAUAUGGAGGGGACUGUUAUCGAUAGUCUGUGUUGUGCAUCUGUACUGCAUCUAUGCUUUGACUGCUGUUAAAUACUGCAAUUCUAACAUAAGAGCUCUAAGAGCUCUUUGCUGUUAAAUAGCAUUUGUGCUAUAUUUGCAGGCUUCAUACAUUUGAAUGUAAAUGAUUUGGGCUGUCUUCCCCUUCAAUUUGAUAGUGUCUGCUUUUGUUAA